GGGGAAUUUGAUGAGGUCUAAAUUUCUUAGGCUUGGUCCACUCCUUACACACACACUCAGGGCCUAAUGAGUGCAGCACCCCGUGCUGAAUGCUAUUUAACCAGAAAUCAAGCCAGGACCAUUUCUCCGCCCACAUCCGAGUACGAAAAUCCCAGCAAAGUGCCCAGGAACAGCGGUAUGCUGCGCUUGUAAGCAUAAGAGCGAGCUGGCUAGGAAUGUCAGACGACCGCACAGCAGACGACCGCACAGCAGCAAUAAAAGCCGGGCACAGAACAGACAGGCGGCUGCCAGCGCAGCCCUAGGACCUGAGCGGACCCGGGGACGCAGCGGGACUCAGGGUCUGGGGGGCCCUGACUGCCAGGCCUCGCUGUCGCGGUUCUGUUGCGAAAGAACACCCGACGUAGAAAGCCCUGCCCUGACCCACCGGAGGAGUCUCACUGGUCGGGCGGAAGUAACGAGCUGCAGCGAUUAAACACCCGUGGUGCACCACGGUGGGCGGAGCCGGAAACGGUGUGACGUGUCCGAGGGGGCGGGCCCAGCUGCGCAAGAGCAGUUGAUUGGUCAGCCGGCGGAGGCGGUGGCGGCGUGGGCGACUGGCACUUGAGUCUGGGAAGAUGGAAGAACUGAGUCAGGCCCUAGCUAGUAGCUUUUCUGUUUCUCAAGAACUGAAUAGCACAGCUGCCCCACACCCCCGCCUGUCCCAGUACAAGUCCAAGUACAGUUGCAUGGAGCAAAGUGAGCGGAGGCGCCUAUUACUAGAACUUCAGAAAUCCAAGCGGUUGGAUUAUGUGAACCAUGCCAGAAGAUUGGCUGAAAAUGACUGGACAGGAAUGGAGAGUGAAGAAGAUAAGAAAGAUGAAGAAGACAUGGACAUUGACACUGGCAAGAAGUUACCAAAACGCUAUGCUAAUCAGUUGAUGCUCUCUGAGUGGUUAAUUGACAUCCCUUCAGAUUUGGGGCAAGAAUGGAUUGUGGUUGUAUGCCCUGUUGGGAAAAGAGCUCUUAUUGUGGCCUCUAGGGGUUCAACCAGUGCCUACACCAAGAGUGGUUACUGUGUCAAUAGGUUUUCUUCCCUUCUGCCAGGAGGCAACAGGAGAAACUCAACAACAGCCAAAGACUACACUAUUCUGGACUGCAUUUACAGCGAGGUGAACCAGACCUACUAUGUUCUGGAUGUAAUGUGCUGGCGGGGACACCCUUUUUACGACUGCCAGACUGAUUUCCGAUUCUACUGGAUGCAUUCAAAGUUACCAGAAGAAGAGGGACUGGGAGAGAAAACGAAGCUUAAUCCUUUUAAAUUUGUGGGGUUAAAGAAUUUCCCUUGUACGCCUGAGAGCCUGUGUAAGGUGCUGUCUUUGGAUUUUCCUUUUGAGGUAGAUGGACUUCUCUUCUAUCAUAAGCAGACUCACUAUAGCCCUGGAAGUACGCCCUUGGUGGGCUGGCUGCGCCCUUACAUGGUGUCAGAUAUUCUUGGUGUAGCUGUACCAGCUGGCCCGCUCACCACCAAGCCAGAAUAUGCAGGGCACCAGCUCCAGCAGAUUAUUGAGCACAAGAGGAGCCAGGAGAGUAUGAAGGAGAAACUCACACACAAGGCUUCUGAGAAUGGGGACUAUGAGCUGGAGCACCUGUCUACUCCCAAGCUGAAGAGUCCUUCCCACAGCCCAGACCACCCUGGGAGCCUCAUGGACAACUAAAGAGGACAGCCUCUUUCACAAGUCACAGGAGAGAGCCUGGUCCUAGGAGGAAAACUGGGGAGGAGGACAGUGAUCACCACAAUAGGUGACUUCAUUUCAGAGUAUAUUUUCCAAAUCCACACCUGCUGGAAACGGCUUGCCCCCUGUUUGGAAUACUGGCUCAGAGAUUGGGAAAGGGUCCAGAUUGGGUAGAAUUGGGAUUCAGGUUGUUUGGACUAGCUCCUGCUGUGGUAAGUAUAUCCCAGGUCCACAAUGUAAAUAUAUGUGAAUCUUAAGAAAGA